UGUGUUUCUGCAGGUGCGAGACCGAGUGCUGCAUUGGUGCAUCAGGAGCUGCAACUGAGAAAAUAGACAUUAAACGAUGGCUUCAGCUACAGACGCACGCUAUGGGCAGAAGGAGUCCUCUGACCAGAACUUCGACUACAUGUUCAAGAUCCUGAUCAUCGGCAACAGCAGCGUGGGGAAGACCAGCUUCCUGUUCCGUUAUGCCGAUGACUCCUUCACGCCCGCCUUUGUCAGCACCGUAGGCAUCGACUUCAAGGUGAAGACCAUCUACAGGAACGACAAGAGGAUCAAGUUGCAGAUCUGGGACACGGCUGGCCAGGAGCGAUACAGGACCAUCACCACAGCCUACUACAGAGGAGCCAUGGGCUUCAUCCUCAUGUAUGACAUCACCAACGAGGAGUCCUUCAACGCUGUGCAGGACUGGUCCACACAGAUAAAGACGUACUCCUGGGAUAACGCCCAGGUGCUGCUGGUGGGGAACAAGUGUGACAUGGAGGACGAGCGUGUGGUGGCGGGGGAGAGGGGCCGGCAGCUGGCCGAUCACCUGGGCUUCGAGUUCUUCGAGGCCAGCGCCAAGGACAACAUCAAUGUGAAGCAGACGUUCGAGCGCCUGGUGGACAUCAUCUGCGAGAAGAUGUCGGAGAGUCUCGACGCGGCCGACCCCGCCGUCACGGGGGCCAAGCAGGGGCCCCAGCUCACCGAGCAGCCCGCGGCCCCCCACCAGGACUGCGCCUGCUAAAGCUCGCUCCCAACCACCCCCACCCUGCACCCCACACCCCACACCCUCACCCCCCCCCCCCCGCC